UUCCCACCUAUUGUCCCGCCCCCUCCCCCGAUAGUGCUAACUGCAAAACAUCCUCGUAAACAUCGUAAACCUUUCGCCGGUCGAAAACACAUCCCCAAAACACAGUGCUUUGGCAUCAUGUACCUUUGGAAUUCGGCCAAUUUGGACAACUCGGCACUGUAUCGGCAUUCGUCGCAGCCUCAAACACCGAUAAACUCUGUCGAUGAGCAGGACAAGCUGCUCACCGAAGCGAUGACGGUGGUGCGAGCACAGUCCUUCCAGAUGAAGCGCUUCCUGGACAAGGACCGGCUAAUGGAGGCAAUGCGCUGCGCCUCGACCAUGCUCGGGGAGCUGCGCACAUCGCUGCUGUCGCCCAAAAGCUACUACGAGCUGUACAUGGCCAUCACGGACGAGCUGCGGCACUUCGAGCACUACCUGCUGGACGAGUUUCAGAAGGGCCGUAAGGUGCCGGAUCUGUACGAGCAUGUGCAGUAUGCGGGCAAUAUCGUGCCACGGCUCUACCUGCUCAUUACGGUCGGUUUGGUGUACAUCAAGACGAACAGUGCGCUGAAGCGCAGCAUUCUGAAGGAUCUGGUGGAAAUGUGUCGCGGCGUACAGCAUCCCUUGCGGGGGUUGUUUCUGCGCAACUAUCUGCUGCAGUGUACGCGCAACAUCCUGCCGGACACGAUGCACGUUGGUGCGUCCGGGGACGAGAACGAGGGCACAGUGAUCGAUGCGAUCGACUUUGUGCUGACCAACUUUGCCGAGAUGAACAAGCUGUGGGUGCGAAUCCAGCACCAGGGCCAUUCGAGCGAAAGGGCUCGCCGGGAGAAGGAACGGGAGGAGCUGAAGAUUUUGGUUGGCACCAAUCUGGUCCGGCUGUCCCAACUCGAAUCGGCCACGCUCGACAUCUACCAGCGGCUCAUCCUGCCCGGCAUUUUGGAGCAGGUGGUCAGCUGCCGUGACGCGAUCGCCCAGGAGUACCUGAUGGAGUGCAUCAUUCAGGUGUUUCCGGACGAGUUUCAUCUGCAGACGCUCGACCCAUUCCUCAAGUCCUGUGCCCAGCUGCAGCCGGGCGUGAACGUGAAGAAUAUCAUUAUUUCGCUCAUCGAUCGGCUGGCACUGUACAAUCAGCGGAACGGAAAGGUCACGCAGACAUCGGCCGGAACGACGGAAAUCAUUUCUGCCAUCCCAGCCGAGGUGCAGCUGUUCGAGGUGUUCAGCACGCAGAUAGCAAAUAUAGUGCAAUUGCGCACGGACAUGCCGAUGGAGGACACGGUCUCGCUACAGGUAGCGCUCGUCAGCCUGGCCCAAAAGGUGUAUCCCGAUCGGGUGGACUACGUCGACAAGGUGCUAGAAACAACGGCCCAAAUUUUGGAUCGGUUAAAGCUAUCAAACAUUUCACAUUCCCUGUCGGUGAACCAGGAGCUGUCGCGCCUGUUGAGAUUGUGCGUCGAUUUCUACAACAACAUUCUGACGAUUCUGCAGCUAAAGUUCUUUACGCCGCUUUUGGAAAAGUUCGACUACACCUCGCGCAAAGCGCUCGCGCUGUACAUCGUGAUGAAUGUACUGGAAAAUGAAACACUGGUGCCGACGGCCGAACAGGUGGACAGCGUGCUAACGAUCAUAUCACCUCUGAUCCGCGAUCAAGACGAUCAACCGGCGGACGUCCGGGCAAACAUGGAAGACUUUGCCGAAGAUCAGGGUAUUGUGGGCCGAUUCGUGCAUCUGUUGCGCUCGGACGAUCCGGACACGCAGUACAAAAUACUGAUCGCUGCCCGCAAACACUUUGGCACGGGCGGACAGCAUCGCAUUCGGUACGUGCUGCCACCGCUCGUGUUCCAAGCAUAUCAGCUGGCGUACAAGUACAAGUCGAUCGCGGCAGAAGAUGAAAUGUGGGACAAAAAGUGUCAGAAAAUCCUACAAUUUUGCCACAGCACCAUUGCCGUGCUGGCAAAGUCGGAACUGCCCGAGCUAGCGCUGCGCAUGUACCUGCAAGGGGCACUUUGCAUCGGCCAGAUUGCGUACACCAAUCACGAAGCUGUUGCGUACGAUUUCAUGACACAGGCCUUUUCUCUGUAUGAGGAUGAAAUUUCUGACUCCAAGUCACAGUUUGCCGCCAUUACGCUGAUCAUUUCAACCGUCGAACAAAUGACUUGCUUUACGGAGGAAAACGCUGAACCGCUGCGCACGAGCUGUGCCCUGGCGGCGUCGAAGCUGCUCAAAAAACCCGACCAAUGCAGAGCCGUGGUUACAUGCGCCAGUCUCUUUUGGAGUGGAAAACAAAAUGGACAAGAGCUGCGUGACGAGAAGCGUACACUAGAAUGUUUGAAGAAGGCGGCCAAGAUAGCGUCCCAGUGUCUGGACGUUGGCGUACAGCUACAGCUGUACGUAGAGCUGUUGAAUCAUUACAUUUUCUAUUUCACCCGCGGCAAUACGCAAAUCACCGUAUCGAUGCUCAAUCAGUUGAUAGCGAAAAUCAACGAAGAGCUUCCGAACCUGGAACCCACGGAGGAGACGAAGCAAAUCGAGAUGCAUUACCAAAACACGCUGGCUCACAUUCGCAGCCGAAUGGAAUCGACCGACGCAGGGAUAGAGGCGUCAUUUGCCGGUAUUACGUUGAAUUAGACCAUGAAUUGUUGAUUACUUUUUUCCUCGCUCGAAUGCGCACGAGAUAGAAGCAGAGAGCAUUAUUAUUCAUGAUGUUUUAACGAUCAUAUAUGAAAGAGACAUAUAUUUAAGAAGAGUACUGAAUCGAGAUCGAGUAGAUUUGUAUGAAAUACCUUACCUAGUAUACUGUUACAACAAUUAAACUGCAUUAAAUAGCAAACGAUGUACGGAUGAAACUAA